UAUGUCAGUCAUACGACCAACAAUGCCGAGGUUUUCGCAGCCGGAUGUUUUCUGCUGCUUCUCGAUAGUCGCUUCCAACUAGACUAAUUACGAUUUGUAAUCGUGCACAGAAACAUAUCGCAGGAAGGAUGUGGAAAUGCCACAAGUGCGGAAAACCCGUCUACUUCGCUGAGAGGAAGCAGUCCCUUGGCUAUGACUGGCAUCCAGAGUGUUUGAGAUGCGAGGAAUGUGGAAAGAGGCUGAACCCUGGUCAGCAUUUGGAGCAUAAAGGAGUGCCUUACUGUCAUGUCCCUUGCUAUGGGGCUCUUUUUGGGCCACAGUUAUUUGGCCAUGGAACCAGGGUGGAAUCACACAAGAGCUUUGGACAACAGAAGGAUUCCCCCAAGUCAGGGCCUACUAUACCACAAGCAAUUAUUGAGACCAAAUUGAAGCAAUACAAUCAAUUUUAUGAUGGUAAAAGUGGAGAAAUUCGCAGCAGACAUGUGAAUGGCAGGUUGAUUUUGGAGGGGUCCCUUAGAAUACAUUGGGGUGUACAUGGAAUGAUCCAUUUGAAAGAGAAUGUUGACCAAAGGACUGUGGUAACUGUGAGGAAGAGAAAUUCGUACCGUCAAAGCUCUGAUUUGGAUUCGGAUGAUGAUACAUUGGAUAUAACGACUGAUUCGAGUUGCAAUGAUAUAUCCAUCUGCUCUUCCACGGAGACUUUGAGUCCUGACGACAGAACCGAUACAGGAAUUGAAUCGGGCACUGAUACCUCAGAAACUAUAGAUAUGCUUCCAAAGAGUUUAACGCUUCCGAACAAAUUGGACGUGAAGAACGUCGAAUGGGAUGAGUUGGAUGAGCUGUUGCAGGUGGAGAAGAAGGUCGUCGAUGGAGAGAAAUUGUACCAGACUAUGCCUACAUCAUUACCAUCACAGACUAGUGUCGAUAGUAACACCUCGACAUAUUCUGAUGAGUCAACUGAGAAAGUCGGAAACGGUGAUUUUAAUUACGAGAUGUUGACCAAUACGACAACCAUGACAAAGACAUCGAGGGACGAUAGUUGGAUCGAUUCGACUUGCUGCAAUCACUUGAAUCGAUCAAUGUCGGGGCCGGAUUGUUUGGAGCAUGUCAGAUCGAAGUCGAAAUCGCCAGAGUUCGACAGGACUUCCAUGACGAGUUCAAUUGCAGACGUGGCCAGCGAGGCGGCAGUUUUGCGUAGGAAGACCGGUUCGACGGCGAUCAAACGUAGGCCAGGAAAGAGGUUGUCAAGAUCGAAGAUCAAGCGGAGAUGUUCGAUCAAUGGACACUUCUAUGAUCGCGAAACGAGCUUCUUUACGCCUCCUCAUGGAAGUCAGAUGAGCGUUUGGGUGUCCUCUCUUGUCAACACCCACGAGGUGAUUAACCUAAUGCUGGAGAAGUACAAGGUUGAUAGCAUUGGCAGCAAUUUCGCUCUCUUCGCUGUUAGAGAUAACGGAGAGCAACGAAGAUUGAAGGACGACGAAUAUCCGUUGGUGUCUAGAAUCCUUCUGGGACCGCACGAGGAUGUGGUCAGAUUGUUUUUAAUGGACAGCGACAAUACUCCGGAGGUGAGCAACGAGGUGGCGCAGUUUCUGAAUUUCAGUGUUGCUGAGUGCAGAGGUAUCUUGAGCCAAUACCAGAGGCAAGAGGAGAUGGAGGUGGACAGAAUCAAAAAUAAGUACGCGGAAAUGAGAAAGAGGAUAAAGCAACGAAUGAACGACCUCAAAGUCAGAUUGUAGACGUGCUAAACAUCACAAAUAUCCUUGUAUCCCUCUCUAUCUUUCUAAUUUAUAUUCGUAUUCGUUUUUUUUUU